AUGCCCAGUAUUAAGCACACAGGUUAUGGAAGUAUUAAUAGUCAACCUGGAAGAGUUGUGACCCUUGUGGAAGACCCUGAGGGGUGUGUGUGGGGUGUUGCUUAUAGACUGCCAGCUGGACAAGAAGGUGAAGUGAAGGCCUAUCUGGACUUCAGGGAGAAAGGAGGCUACAGGACCACAACUGUCAUUUUCUAUCCCAAAGACACAUCAAUAAAACCAUUUGACGUAUUGUUAUAUAUCGGAUCCUGCGAUAACCCGAAUUACCUUGGCCCAGCACCUCUAGAAGAAAUUGCUGAACAGAUUAUUAAUGCAGUUGGUCCGAGCGGAAGAAACACAGAAUACCUGUUUGAACUUGCUAAUUCUAUGAGAAAUCUUGUACCRGAAGAUGUAGAUGAACAUCUCUUCUCCUUAGAGAAACUAGUAAAGGAACUCCUAGAAAAACAUCAAAACUUAAACUGCAUAUAAAAAUAUUUUUAAUUUUAAUGAUCUUGUUUCAUCUUAAAAGAACGGUUUUGUU